AUGUUGGAUUCAUUCCCCUCUUAUUUCUCUCUAAGAGAUCUUGUCGCCAUCAGUGGUGAAGCCUUCGAACUCAAGGUCAGUCGCCAUCAGAAAGAGGCAGACAACGCAGCUCGCAAAUGGUUUAUGAGCUUCAACGUAUACAACGAGAAGAAGCUGUCAAAGUUUCUGGACUACGGAAAGUUUGAUCUCUUCGCUGCUCUGAGCUUUCCGGACGCCGAUGCCAAACAUCUCGAGACGUGCCUAGCUUUUUUCUUCUGGGCAUUUUCUACGGACGACCUCUCGGAUGAGGGGGACUUGCAAUCGAAACCAGACGAUGUUCAGGCAGGGGUUGAUAUUUCCAUGACCGUCCUGGACAACCCCGAGGGUCCACGGCCAGAUUUUCCCUACGCUGCCAUGCUUUACGAUCUCCUGACACGGAUUCGUGAAACGGCCAGUCCAGGCGCUUACGCAAGGUUUACCCUCGCUUUUGAAGAAUGGAGCAGAUCGCAAGUUCAGCAAUCUCACAAUCGGUCAUUGGAUCGAAUACCAUCGGUGGAGGAAUUCAUUCUUAUGCGUCGGGCGACUAUUGGAGGUGCUAUGGUUGAAGCCAUGGUCGAAUAUUCUUUGGAUUUGGAUCUUCCCGACUAUGUAUUUCACCAUCCAACUAUUAUUGCAAUGUCUGAAGCUACGACUGACAUCAUGACCUGGCCAAACGACUUGUGUUCCUUUAAUAAAGAACAGUCAGAUGGUGACUACCAGAACCUCGUUGUCUGCAUUAUGAUCGAGCAUAACGUCGGUCUCCAGGCGGCAAUUGACAUCUUGACAGAUAUGCUCGCCGAUCGGGUGGCGGAGUACACGGAGCUGAAAAAGCAACUACCUUCCUUCGGACCUGCUGUUGAUACUGAGCUCAUGAGAUACUUGGAAGCCCUGGAACACUUUGUUCAAGGCACAGUACUUUGGUACUAUCUAAGUCCGCGAUACUUCCGGACUAUCGAUAUCUCCAACCGAGAAGACCUGAUCGUUCCGCUGUUUAAGCGUGUAUAUACCUAG